GCGAUACCAAGCCAUAUCAACAGCUGCCAAACAAUGUGAGUUGUUUUUGGCCCAUAUAUUCACAACAUCAUCCAGCUGUAUAUUGGGGUCGUUCGGUGAGGCUCCAGAGAGAUUUGGAUUAGUUCCAUCUCAGUGAUAUUUAAUUCAUUUGAUGCUGCGAGGAGAAUAACAAUAUGCGAAUGACAUCAAACGCCUGCACUGCAUGAUAUAACUCAUCAGAAGUAAUCUAAGAAGAUGUGUUUUUAAAUCAAAAUGUUAUUAUUUGGAAUACAUUUGGUUACAGUCGUUGGACAUGAACGAUUUUGGGGAUCCCUUCGUUUGGAUAAAACUCUGCAGGACAACUUUGGGUGGCGCCAGAGCGCUAGGAAAGAGGACAUGGAGACAAAAAACACAUAACGCACGGGUUAAUCUGCCGGGAGAACAGCUUUAUGGUUUUGGCUGCCAUCUGCAUCCCGUUAGAUGAUGUGUGAAUCUUUUCAGCGAUGGUUGGAUUUGACACCUGUCAGAGUCUGAACACCGAGCCGACCUCUCCCACUUUUUCAUUGGAAAUCGUUAACAUUCAUGCGCAGGGUCGCCUGCAUUGGUGAAAUGAACGUGGACAACUUUGGCUGACCGGCUGCUCGAGAGAAAGUGAGCCACAUGCAUGAACUGAGAGCAGUGAGAUUACUAACGGAGUGUAAAUCUCGCCUCGCGCUUUGAAGAUUAGAGGGUUGACGACGGAGGACACUAAGAAGUGGAUUAGGUGCAGUGUAACCUACUUUCUCAUCACUCCCACAUCUCGUCCUCUGAAUAUUCGCACAAUGACCUUUGGUGCACUUGGAAUACAACUUCUGCGUCCGUGAGGUGUGAGUGAAUUUGACUUAAGGGCAAGAUGUGGUGCGAUCACAGGAACUCAAAUCAGGUGGGCAGGCAAUAAGGCUUGACAGAAGAUGCGACGGGGGUGGUGGCUCGUCAGAUGGCUGGGGACAGGAAUGGCAAUCCUCUCUUUGCUAACCCACAGCUGGGGCCAGGACACAGAAGACUGGCAGUAUGAGGAGUGUAAGCUGUCCCGGCCAGGCCCCCCUGCGACCAUCGUGACCAUUGAUGAGGAGAGCCCCAACGGUACAGUUUUGGUGGAAAACAUGCAGAUAAAUGGCCGUGCCCAAGACCCAGGCCGGACCAUCUCACUGACGUUACUGGACAACUAUGACUACUGGGUGAUACUCGAUCCCACCCGACAGAGGCUCUACCUGAACAGCACCGGGCGCAUUCUGGACAGAGAUCCCCCCAACUACAUCACUACCAUCGUGGUUCAGGUCCAGUGCUACAAUGAGCUGGUUGGCACUGUCAUCUUUCACGAGGUACGGAUUGUUGUGAGGGACAAAAAUGACAACAACCCUCGCUUUCAGCAGCCACGCUACUAUGUUGCGAUAAACGAGCUCACACCAGUUGGAACGACCAUUUUCACUGGCUUCUCUGGGAAUAAUGGAGCUACGGAUAUUGACGACGGACCCAAUGGACAUAUAGAAUACAGCAUACUUUACAACCCCAAUGACCCGGGAUCUAACAGAACAGUGAGUGUUGCCAACACUCUUUCAGGACACAUUAUUCUGGCUGAGAGGCUAAACUAUGAGGAGAGAACUCGCUACCUUGUUUUGGUCCAAGCCAAUGACCGUGCUCCAUACCCCCCGAACAGACGGACAGCUACGACUACUCUGACUGUGGACGUUCUGGACGGAGACGACCUGGGCCCCAUGUUCCUGCCUUGCAUUUUGGUGAACAACACUCGAGACUGCAACCCCCUCACCUACCGUGUUGCUAUCCCAGAAUUCACUGAACCGAGCAAACUGAACCCACUGAAUGUGACCCCUGCGAUCCAGGCCGUGGACAUGGACAGGAACAUACAGCCCCCGUCAAACAGACCCAACAUUCUUUACUACAUCCUAGUUGGUCAUCCAGUAGCAUACCGAGAGUAUUUCUCCCUGAACAGAACCACUGCAGAGCUGCGUGUUCUGCAGCCUAUCAGCAGGGACUUGUACCAACGUUUCACACUCAUCAUCAAGGCUGAACAGGACAACGGUCACCCCCUCCCGGCCUAUGCUGACCUCAUUAUCGAAAUCCUGGAUGAGAACAACCAGGCACCGUAUUUCCAGUUUGCCACCUAUCAGGGCUAUGUGAGUGAGUCCUCCCCAGUGGGAACGACUAUCUCCGCCAGUGCCAACCUCACCGCGCCCCUGGGAAUCAUCGCUCUGGAUAAUGACAUUGAGGAGACAAAAGACCCCUUGAUGAGAUCCCUGGAUGACUACACCACGAUCUUCAGCCUGACCCCAACUGGGAUAAUCCGCUACCUAGUUGAUCAACCUGUGGAUCGGGAGCAGCAGAUGGUCUAUACUUUCACGAUGGUGUCAUCGGAUGGCGUCCAGCAGAGUACCCCGGUCACUGUGAACAUCCCUGUCAUUGAUGCCAAUGACAACACGCCCACGUUUCCCGAGGUCUCCUACAGCGUUGAAGUCUUCACAGACAUGCAACCCGGGGAGACGGUUCUACAGUUAACCGCAACAGAUACUGAUGAGGGACUGAAUGGUCAGGUGACCUAUGAGAUACUGGCAGGUGCCCAGGGAAUUUUCAUUAUCAGCAACCGCACUGGACGCAUCACUGUGGCUCUUGGUAUCACUUUAACUGUGGGAAAAUCUUACGCUCUGACCGUCAAGGCCUCUGACAACGCACCAGAGAUCCAGAGAAGGAGCUCAAUCACUACAGUUUACAUUGAGGUUCUGCCUCCCAACAACCAGAGCCCUCCACGCUUCCCUCUCCUCACAUACAACCUGGAAAUCAGCGAGGCUAUGAGGAUUGGAGCCAUUCUGCUUAAUCUACAGGCCACAGACAGAGAAAAUGACCCGAUCACAUACCGCAUUGUGAGUGGGGAUUCCCAGAAGGUCUUCAACCUCUCUGAAACGAUUGGCCUUCUGCUUCUGAGAGACCCUCUGGACAGAGAGACCACAGAUCAGUACCGUCUGAUUGUCACAGCCUCCGACGGCAACCCUGGAGGGACAUCCACUGCCACUGUGAACAUUGUCGUCACUGAUGUCAACGAUAAUGACCCGGAGUUUGACCCGACCAUAACCACUAAUUUUACUUUUCAAGAAGAGGAGGCCAAUUUUUUUGUCGGACAAGUCAGGGCCACAGAUCCAGAUGCAGGGCUUAAUGGCCAGGUGCGCUACCGGAUUGUGAAUCAUCCUGAUUUGUUCACAAUCAGCGCUAAUGGCAGCAUCUACACAAGAGUGCCUCUCGACCGGGAGCGCAGGAGCCAAUUCGACCUGGUGGUAGAAGCUUCAGAUGGGGCCGUAGAUCCACGGCGGACCACCUUGACCCUCUCAAUCCAGGUCAUGGAUAUCGAUGACAACAGCCCAGUCUUCUCCCAACAAACUUAUGUGGUGAACGUACCCGAGAAUAGCCCUUUAGGGACUGUGAUCCUAAAGCUAAGCGCGGUGGACUCGGACCUCUUCUCCAAUGUAACGUAUCGGAUCAAGACUGAAUCUGCCAGGCAGCUGUUUUCUCUAAACCCUGUCACGGGGGAGUUAGCAGUGCUGCAGACACUGGACUUUGAGGACCUGGCAGCUAUGGGCAUGGGGGCCUCGCACACCUUCCAGGUGGAAGCUGUCGACCAAGAAGGGGUCAUGCCUCCUGGGCAGGCCACAGUCACGGUCCGCAUCACGGACAUGAAUGACUUCUCCCCCAUCUUUACCCAAGACCUGUAUACAGGCAUGGUGGCACCCAAUGCAGAGAAAGGAACGGUCAUCACAACUGUUUUUGCUGAGGACCGAGACCCAGCAGGCACUCCGGCAAGUUUUGUCCGCUACAGAGUGGACCUGGACAUGUCACCGUACAGCGGGAGCAUCUUUGAUGUGGAAGAGGAAACUGGAAGAAUCAUCACUAAGGUCAACCUCAAUGAGGAGCCCAGUGUCAACUUUAAGUUGUUUGUGAUAGCCUUUGAUGAUGGAGAGCCGGUGAAGACUAACAGCACAAUGGUGGAGAUCACUGUUCUUCAGCCUUCCCGCAUCCCGAUCUUCACCCAGGAAGAGUACAGGUUCCCUUUGGUUAGUGAGCUGGCUCCAUUAGGCACACGGGUGGGGACUAUUUUCGCUGCUGCUAUCAAUCAAACCAUCUUCUACUCCAUUGUUGCAGGAAAUGAACUAGGUCAUUUUCAGGUUAACAACAGGACAGGCGUCAUCUCAACAGCUAAACCUCUGGAUUAUGAAAAUGUGACGAGCUAUGUGCUUCGGGUCCAGGCUGACUCCAUGUUUGUUGUCAUGUCCAACCUGCGUGUGCCUUCUAAAACUAACACAGCCAAGGUGUUCAUUGAGGUGCAGGAUGAGAACGACCACCCUCCUGUUUUCUCCAGGAUCCUCUACAUUGGCGGCGUGACGGAGGACACCAAGAUCUUCAGCUCUGUGCUCAAGAUAGUGGCCACUGAUAAGGACACUGGGAAUUACAGUCAGAAUGCGUACCGCCUGAUUAUCCCGCCCACACCAGAGGGCCAGGACAGCUUCGUCAUAGAGACCUACACCGGUAUCAUCAAAUCAGCCACGAUGUUUAGAAAUAUGCGCAGGUCUUAUUUCACGUUUGAAGUUAUUGCAACAGACGACUAUGGAAAAGGUCUCAGCAGCAGUGCCGAUGUGGUGGUUUCUGUGGUCAACGCGUUGGACAUGCAGGUUGUUGUGUCCACUGUCCCACCCCAUUUAGUGGAGGAGCAUAGGGAAGAGCUCAUUCGUAUUUUGGAGCGCCACGUCCAGGAUCAGAUUCCCGGGGCCAAGGUGAUUGUGGAGUCAAUUGGUCCACGUCGUCAUGGCGAUGGCUUUGAACUCGAGGACUACAGUAAAUCGGACCUGAUGGUGUACGCCAUUGACCCGCUUACCAACAGGGCCAUUUCACCCAAGGAGCUCUUCAAGUUUCUUGAUGGGAAUGUGCUGGAAAUCAACAAGGAGUUUCAGCCAUUACUUGGUGAGGGAGGCCGCAUCCUGGAGAUCCGCUCCCCAGAUAUCGUGGCCAGUGUGAAGAAGGCGGCCCAGGCGGUGGGCUACACAGAGGGGGCUCUCCUGGCCCUGGCCAUCAUCAUCAUCCUCUGCUGCAUCCCUGCCAUCCUCAUCGUCAUGGUCACCUACAAACAGUUCAAAGAGCGACAGGCAGAGUGUGCCAAAACUGCCAGGAUUCAGAUGGCUUUACCACCAGGAGGGAAAGCAGCUCCAGCAGCUGCUCCCACUGCUAACCUUUACGAGGAGCUUGGCGACAGCACCAGCAAGCGAGGAGGCUACGGCAGACAGCAACAGCAACUGCUGAGGCCAUCUCUUCUGAGACCUGAGGAACUCUCAAUGGAGUCAGGUAUCGACCCGGGCCAGGACUACUAUAAUUAUGACCAAGGGUACGACAUUCCUCAGUAUGGCAGUAGGAGGAGGCUAAUACCUCCAAGGUAUGAUGAAUAUGGAGAGGUGAUCAUGGAGGAUGAUGAGUAUUACUACGGUCCUCGUGGCACUGAGGACCAGGGCAGAGGCAGGGACCGUGGUGGAGGUCCACCUAAGAGGGUUGCAUUUAGGGACAUGCCAGGGGAUGAAAUCGAACAAGCUGAGCCAGCAGAGGGGGGCGAGCCUUCUAAGGCUGCCAAGAGACUGAAGUCUGUCAUGAAACUCAGCAAACUCCUGGCAGCCAGCAAGGGGGGAGAACAGCCGUCUGAUGCCGGUCCUUCUGGCCCAUCUCCAUGGAAGAAAGCCAAGAUGUUCAAGAUGUUUGGUGCCGGGAAGAAGGACAAGGAUUAUGCCAAACUGAUGUCAGCCCGCCGCAUUGACAGCCAAGAGAGUCUGACAGGCGGACCAGCAGUUAUGGGACCAAUCGACAGAAAGUCUGAUACGCGUAGCAAGCUCGGUAAAGUUUUCAGGAAAAUCAACUUAGGCAACAAAUUGCAGAUACGGAGGAAGUCGAAGAGUAGUGUGAGCCAGGGCUCGGCCACAGGCAGUGAGCGAGACGAGGAGGCUUCACAAGUAGCCAGUGAGGAUGACAAGUCUAAAGUGUCAAUUAGUGUGACAGAGAGUGAGCCAGAAGCAGGUGCAAGUGGAAGCAGUAAGGAGAAAGACUCUGAUGGGGAAUCCUCUGAGAGAAGCAGUGUUGACAGAGAUUAUCUGAAAGUAGACUUGGACCGUGAUGAUGCCAAUGAAAGCACUGUGGACUCAGAGGAAGAGCCUGAUGAGGAGCCAGGGGAUUCUGAUGAGGAAAGUAAGUCAAAAUCUGAAGGAGAUGAAACGGAGAAGGAAUCUAUCAGUGAGAAAGAAUCUGGGACUGAAGAAGAAUCAGAUUCGGAAAAAGAGUCAGAGUCAGAGAAGUCGUCGGCUACAGAGAAAGAAUCAGAAACCGAGAAAGAUUCAGACUCCGAGAAAGAGUCUGAAUCUGAGAAAGAAUCUGAAUCAGGAACAGGCACAGCAACAGAGAAGGAAACAAGCACAGAAAAAGAUUCAGGGACAGAGAAAGAUUCUGAUGAAGAGUCUGAGGAGGAAGAGGGUUCAGGGAGCACUAGAGAAAGUGGGUCUUCUUCCAUGAAAUCAUCAGCUACAGAGUCCAGAAAGGGAAGCAGCGCAUCAGGUGCAAGUGGCAGCGGUAAUGGCAGUGGCAGUGGCAGCGGGAGUGGUACCAGAGAAAGUGGCAGUGGUAGCACAAGUGGUUCUGCGUCUUUAUCUGGUUCAAGUGUUAAGUCAUCAAAUAGAACCAGAUCAUCAGGAAGCGCAGUUACCUCCGAGAAGUCUAGUGAAGAACUCAGUGAAGGUGAGUCAGGAACAGGGACCGCCAGCGAGGUAGAGUCAGUGUCAGGAAGUGAAGGCUCUUUAUCACGAGGGUCCAGCCAGAGGAACAUGUCUGAGUCAGAGUCCGUUGGUGGGUCUUCAUCCGUCAGUGAGAUGACAGACCAGAGUUCCCUGAGCAACAAGACAGGUACAGCUGGUUCCCGUUCCACCAGUGGCAGUCUGCAUUCCCAGAAGUCCAGCCAGAGCCGUGGUUCUGAGGACACAAUUACAGAGGAGAGUGAAGAAGAAGACGAGGAAGACUCUGAGACUGCUGACGAGAGCAAAGAGUCAGCCAGCGAGCUCAGUGAUGAUGCAUCAACGGGGAGUUCCAGGAAGGCGUCUGGAGACCCUGGGCCCUCUGCACCCUACACUGGUCCCACUUACAGCUCUGAUAUCAGAAGCAUCGGUAACACCUCUGUAGAGACAUACGGAGGACUGUCCCCUAUCACUGAGGUGGACGAGGACGCCAUCUCCUCUGACAAAUCUUCAGUCAGUGGCUCCGGAUCUGGCAGUGCAUCGAAAGACUCAACAAUGUCAGAUGCUGAUUCAGAAUCUGAAGGAAACUCAACUGCCUUCUAGAGAGAUAUGGUCCACUGUGAACCUGGGAAAAAGCCACGGAUCAAGCUGGUGGUAGAUCAGGAGAAUGAGACCAGCUCCACAGGAGAAGAGAGCACCACAGAGACACAGAGGAACCGACUCCCCAACAGCCACAGCAACAUCAACGGGAACAUCUACCUUGCAC